AUGUGUAUGUGUAUGCAUACAUGUGAAACAUAUACAUAUAUUCCCACGGAGAGGUAUCCCAGGGGUUUUCUCUUAAUAGCUUAUUGAGCAUAUCUGGCCAUAGUUUGGCAUCUUCUCAUUUCAGAUCCGCACUUAAAGCAAUUACAUGAAAAUGUCGCUGCCACUUACUUAGGCUUGGAGCCUUUAGGAUGUCUCCAAAAACCUUCAAUGUGGUAAGAGAGAAAAAUCACAGCCAAAUAUUCUACAGUGCUCAUAAUGCAUUACUCCACCGUAACUAUUUCACUAUCUAACCCCUCCCCGCCUCUCAGACAGGAGAAAAAAGGAGUUGCAUUUUCUUAGGGUUUUUUAAUGCAGACUCUCCGCCGUUCACUUUGGCAUCUCCACUCCUUUUUGUGCCCCAAGACAACUUUCCCACAGUUUCCCAGAUACUUUCCUGCAGAGGCACAGGCCAGCCAGCCUUGCUGUGACUCUGGUUCUCCAGACCCUCGCCUCAGCCGGCGACCCCUCGGACGGCGCAAGUUCCGAUAACCCAGAGAGGCAGCGCCGCCCCCUCGGCGCUCCGCGAGCCCCUUCAGUGUGGUUAUUUAGACGGCUCCGGCUCCUUUCCGCCGGCUGCUGCGGCCCCAGAAGCGCCAGGCUGCCAGUCCUCGGCUCUCCUGGGGCUUUGCAGGGUGCAGGGGCUGCUGUGGAGGUGCGCUGGGAAAGCCGGCCGCGGGCCGCGGGACCCUGCGCUCCGAGCGGGAGGGGGGACGUGGAGCGCGCGCGACGAGCCCCCGGACGCCUGGUCGUAGGGGGUGGUGCCCGUGCCGCCUCACAAGGCGCGCCCCCUGUAGUUCCUGGCUGGGGCCCAGGCCGCCGCCUCCGAGCAGCCCGCCGCAGCGCCGCCUUUGUGCUCCGGGUCAAGCCCGGGGAAGCAGGCGGGGGACCGCAGGGGCGCGACCGGAGCGCUCAGAUGUAGAGAAGCCCGAGGGCGCCGCGCCACCGCCGCGCAGGGGCGCAGUAGGGCAGCCGGAGGGGCAGCGACAUCUGCGGGCGGGCGGCUGACGCUUCCCGGCGGCGCGCUUCCGGUGCGUGGCCCGGGUCCGCGGGCCGGAGGAGCAGCGACGCCCCUGGCCACGCGCUCACGUCGGUCUCAGCGCAGGCGGCUCUGUGAGGUGCUUGGAUCUUGGAUUAAGACUGUCUUGAAUUCUUCUUGAAUUGCCAGUUUUCAGCCUCCUCAUGCCUCCGUCUCCUUUAGACGACAGGGUAGUAGUGGCACUGUCUAGGCCCGUCCGACCUCAGGAUCUCAACCUUUGUUUAGACUCUAGCUACCUUGGCUCUGCCACCCCGGGCAGUAACAGCCACCCUCCUGUCAUCGCCACCACCGUUGUGUCCCUCCAGGCUGCGAAUCUGACGUAUAUGCCCUCAUCCAGCGGCUCUGCCCGCUCCCUGAAUUGUGGAUGCAGCAGUGCCAGCUGCUGCACUGUGGCAACCUACGACAAGGACAGUCAGGCCCAGUCCCAAGCCAUUGCCGCUGGCUCUGCCACCACCGCCAUCGGAACCUCCGCCACGUGCCCUGCCAUCCAGAUGGUCAACAGCAAUGAGAAUGCAGGCUCUCUAAGUCCAUCAGGUGGGGUGGGCAGCCCUGUGUCAGGGACCCCCAAGCAGCUAGCCAGCAUCAAAAUAAUCUAUCCCAAUGACCUGGCGAAGAAGAUGACCAAAGGCAGCAAGAGCCACCUGCCGAGCCCGGGCCCCGUCAUCAUCGACUGCAGGCCCUUCAUGGAGUACAACAAAAGCCACAUCCAGGGCGCUGUCCACAUCAACUGUGCCGACAAGAUCAGCCGGAGGAGGCUGCAGCAGGGCAAGAUCACUGUCUUAGACUUGAUUUCCUGUAGGGAAGGCAAGGACUCUUUCAAGAGGAUCUUUUCCAAAGAAAUUAUAGUUUAUGAUGAGAAUACCAAUGAACCGAGCCGAGUGAUGCCCUCCCAGCCACUUCACAUAGUCCUCGAGUCCCUGAAGAGAGAAGGCAAAGAACCUCUGGUGUUGAAAGGCGGCCUUAGCAGUUUCAAGCAGAACCAUGAAAACCUCUGUGACAACUCCCUCCAGCUCCAGGCGUGCCGGGAGGCGGGGGGCGGCGCGUCUGCGGCCUCGGGCCUGCUACCUCAGCCCAUCCCCACCACCCCCGACAUCGAGAACGCGGAGCUGACCCCCAUCCUGCCCUUCCUGUUCCUCGGCAACGAGCAGGAUGCGCAGGACCUGGACGCGAUGCAGCGGCUGAACAUAGGCUACGUCAUCAACGUCACCACUCACCUGCCCCUCUACCACUACGAGAAAGGCCUGUUCAACUACAAGCGGCUGCCGGCCACCGACAGCAACAAGCAGAACCUGCGGCAGUACUUUGAAGAGGCGUUUGAGUUCAUUGAGGAAGCUCACCAGUGUGGGAAGGGGCUUCUCAUCCACUGCCAGGCUGGGGUGUCCCGCUCUGCCACCAUCGUCAUCGCCUACUUGAUGAAGCACACUCGGAUGACCAUGACUGACGCUUACAAAUUUGUCAAAGGCAAACGACCAAUUAUUUCCCCAAACCUUAACUUCAUGGGGCAGUUGCUGGAGUUUGAGGAAGACCUAAACAACGGUGUGACACCGCGAAUCCUUACACCAAAGCUGACGGGCGUGGAAACGGUCGUGUGACAAUAGUCUGGAUUGAAAGGACUCAUGUUCUCCAUGAGGAGACGAAAAGGAAGGAAGAUGGAUUCUUUCUUUCUUUCUUUCUUUUUUUUUUUCCUUUUUUAGAUGGGGGUCAAGUUUGUGAAUGGAAACAAAAGUUGUUUAAAACCUUUUUAUUUUUAGCAAGUGUGAGAAGAAUUUAACUUUUGAUGCCAUUGAGAUUUACUUCCCGUGAACUGAUAAAACCGGGAAGCUAAAGAAUCAUUUUUUUAAAGCCAACAAUAAAAAUAUAACAAAACUUGUUUCUUCCCCUUUUCCUUUGAGGCUCUUUGUAGAGUUUAUGAUUAAAUAGUCUGUGCAGGUUCAUAGACCGAAGAUACUACACUUUAAACCAAUUAAAAAGAACCCAAAGUAAGUAGAAAAGACAUUGAGUCCUGAAGGCCUGGGAUCUGCCCGGGAUUUGUCCACAGAAAAACAAAAACCAUCCAAGCCAAGCCCUGUGGCCGUCCCUGGUGCACAGAGAUGAGGGCAGCCUAAGUGGUCUAAGAACCCUUCACAUUCUUUAAAGAGAAAAAGAUUCUGUUGAUUUUGUGUGUUUCAUACUCUGGAUGAUUCUUUUUUUCCCUUCUCUGGGUGUAAGAGAUUUUUUUGAAAUAGCGAGGAACUGACCAUUAUACCAUAUGCCUUUACUGGCUUCUUGUGCAAUAAAAUGGUGUUUGAGUGUGCAAACAAGUUAGAGCUGGCAGUUGAAUAAUAGACAAAUAGGGCAAAUUUGCUAGCGUGGAGAGAGAAAGGAAUUCAACAAAACCAAUUACUUUCCUUCCCACCUUUUUCCUUUGAUAAUUUUUUUUUAAUUUGAUUCUGGUUACAGUGCCACAAACCUUGUUACAUAUGUAUAUCAGAAUGUAAAAAAAAAAAAAAAAAGACAAAAAUUUAUUUAAAAAUAUUUUUUGCAAAAAAAACAACUUGGUGUGUUUACGUUGAUUGUGUAAAAAUUUAUUUUCAUUAUAUAAAUGAAACUCA